UGAAAGGGUGCAUUGUGCUGGGAAGUGACUGCGGGGCGUCCCGGGCAGUUGGGUCCUGCUCAGUGUGCUGUCAGUGUCGGGGGUGGUGGGAUUAUCCAGCUACACUGCCGGCAUCGGCAGAGUCUGAAUCAUGAACAUCAUCAUCGCAGCCGACUGGGAGGGGUGCAGAAAUUGUGCAAGAUACGGCUAGAGAGCGCGUCUCGCUGGCUUUCGUAGCCUCUGUCCUUCCAGCAGAUGGAAAGGCUGGGGAAUCCCUAAGACUGGGCAGGAUGCAGGAGGGAGACGCGCGUGUUCCCCUCCGUCGCUGCGCUGCGGAGUGACCAGCCUGGAACAAGACUGCGGAGCAUCAGCGGAUGAUAUACCAAUUUAACGUCUAGCCGCAGUCGCAGUGGUUGUCAGUGAACGUUGAUCGCUGUUUUAUUUAAAGACUAAGAUAUGGGGAACGCGGGGAGCAUGGAUUCUCAACAAACUGAUUUCAGGGCUGCACAUAUGCCCCUGAAACUGCCGAUGCCGGAGCAAUGUGAACUGGAAGAGCGUUUUAACGUCGUUUUGAACUCAAUGAACCUUCCGCCAGACAAAGCCAGGCUGCUGCGUCAGUAUGACAACGAAAAGAAAUGGGAGCUGAUCUGCGAUCAGGAAAGGUUUCAAGUGAAAAACCCCCCCUACACAUACCUCCAGAAGCUGAGAGGUUAUCUGGACCCUGCCGUCACCAGGAAGAAGUUUCGUCGUCGAGUGCAGGAGUCAACCCAAGUGCUCAGAGAACUGGAGAUAUCCCUGAGGACCAAUCACAUCGGGUGGGUAAGAGAGUUUUUAAAUGAAGAAAACAGAGGCCUCGACGUCCUGGUGGAUUAUCUCUCCUUCGCGCAGUGCGCUGUCACAUUUGACUCUGAGUGUCUGGAGAACAGCACAGAGCCUGUGGCCGACAAGUCCAAACGCUGGAGCCGGUCCAUAGAGGACCUGAACGCGGGGCCCAUCCAUCCACUACGGCCUGGACGACACUCCACCCUAAGGUGCAGCACGUUGCCCAGCCGGAGGACGCUGAAGAACUCCAGAAUAGUGUGUAAGAAGGAUGACGUCCACGUGUGUAUCAUGUGCUUGAGAGCUAUCAUGAACUACCAGUACGGCUUCAACAUGGUCAUGUCUCACCCACGCGUCGUCAAUGAAAUUGCACUAACCCUCAACAAUAAAAAUCCCAGAACCAAGGCUCUCGUUCUGGAGCUGCUCGCCGCCGUCUGCUUGGUCAGAGGCGGCCACGAGAUCAUCCUGGCGGCCUUCGACAACUUCAAGGAGGUCUGUGCAGAAACGCAGAGGUUCGAGAAGCUAAUGGAGCAUUUCAAGAACGAGGACAGCAAUAUCGAUUUUAUGGUGGCCUGCAUGCAGUUUAUCAACAUCGUGGUUCAUUCAGUAGAAGACAUGAAUUUUAGAGUGCACCUACAGUACGACUUCACAAAGCUCCUUUUGGACGAGUACCUAGACAAACUUAAGCACACAGAGAGUGAUAAGCUGCAAGUGCAGAUCCAGGCCUACCUGGACAACGUGUUCGACGUGGGUGCCCUCCUGGAAGAUGCUGAGACCAAGAAUGUGGCCUUGGAGCGUGUGGAGGAGCUGGAGGAGAGCGUGUCCCACAUGACAGAGAAGCUGCAAGACAUGGAAAAUGAGGCCAUGGCAAAGAUGGUGGAGCUUGAAAAACAGUUGAUGCAGAGGAACAAGGAUUUGGAGGCUGUGCGGGAAGUGUGCAAAGAUGCCAGCAGCCAGGUGCAUACGCUACGCCGCAUCGUGAAGGAGAAGGACGAGGCCAUCCAGAGGCAGUGCAACCUGGAGAAGAAGAUCCACGAGCUGGAGAAACAAGGGACCCUCAAGGUCCAGAGGAAAGGGGACAGCGAGAUCAGCGUCACGCCUUUCACUGAACAGGGAAGCACCCUAUUGGCAGACACAUCAGCAGUGGGUGGGGCUUAUGCCAUCGGCACGGUGGGUCCACAGGAUGGCGCCAACCCAGAGGCAAUGUCACUACCCCCACCGGCUCCCCCCCUCCCUCCAGAAACUGGAACUGUGCCAAACGGGCCGACGGCCACUUCUGCUCCACCACCCACCCCCCCUCUGCCUCCGCCUCCUCCACCGCCCCCACCUCCUCCUCCUCCACCCCUGCCUCCUCCUCUGGGCCUCACUGUGGACGUGUCGGCACCCCUGCCCCCUCCGCCACCCCCAGGUGCCCCCCCUCUUCCUGGCUGUGGCUCUCCCACGGUCAUCUUCAACUCAGGACUCUCAGCGGUGAAAAUAAAGAAACCGAUAAAGACUAAGUUCCGCAUGCCGGUCUUCAACUGGGAGGCACUGAAGCCCAACCAGAUCAAUGGGACUGUCUUCAAUGAGAUUGACGACGAAAGGAUCCUGGAGGACCUGAAUGUGGACGAGUUUGAGGAGAUGUUCAAGACCAAGGCCCAAGGCCCGGCCGUCGACUUGACGACAAGUAAACAGCGGACAAGUCAGAAAGCAUCCAACAAAGUGACACUGCUAGACUCCAACAGGGCAAAAAACCUGGCCAUCACCCUGAGGAAGGUGGGGAAGGUUCCAGAAGAAAUCUGCAAGGCCAUCCAGAUGUUUGACUUGCACACCCUGCCCGUGGACUUUGUGGAGUGCCUGAUGCGCUUCUUGCCCACGGAGAAGGAGGUGAAGGUUCUACGGCAGUACGAGCGAGACCGCAAGCCGCUGGAGAGCCUGGCGGACGAGGACCGCUUCAUGAUGCUCUUCAGCAAGAUCGAGCGCCUCAUGCAGAAGAUGACCAUCAUGGCCUUCAUGGGAAACUUCUGUGAGAGCGUGCAGAUGCUCACGCCGCAACUACAUGCCAUCAUCGCGGCUUCGGUGUCCAUAAAAUCAUCACAGAAAUUAAAGAAAGUUCUAGAGAUCAUCCUGGCUCUUGGGAACUACAUGAACAGCAGCAAAAGGGGAGCUGUCUAUGGGUUUAAACUGCAGAGCUUAGACCUGCUCUUGGAGACCAAGUCGACUGACCGGAAAAUGACGCUGCUGCAUUACAUAGCCAAUGUAGUGAAUGAGAAGUACGAGUCGGUGUCCAUCUUCUACAAUGAGCUGCACUACGUGGAGAAGGCGGCCGCAGUGUCUCUGGAGAACGUGCUGUUGGACGUGAAGGAGCUGCAGAGGGGUAUGGACCUGAGCAGGCGGGAGUACAGCAUGCACGGCCACAACACGCUGCUCAAGGACUUCAUCGCGCCGAACGAGGGCAAGCUGAAGAAGCUGCAGGACGAUGCCAAGGUCGCACAGGACGCCUUUGAUGAGGUGGUCAAGUUCUUCGGGGAGACUUCCAAAACGACGCCCCCUUCGGUAUUCUUCCCAGUGUUCGUGCGUUUCGUCAAGGCCUACAGGCAAGCCGAGGAGGAGAACGAUCAGAGGAAAAGACAGGAGCAGAUUCUGAUGGAGAAGCUGCUUGAGCAGGAGGCCAUGAUGAACCAGGAGAACCAGAAGUCUCCCUCUCACAAGAACAAGCGCCAACAGCAGGAGCUGAUCGCCGAACUGAAGAAGAAGCAGGUGAGAGACAGCCGGCACGUCUACGAAGGCAAGGAUGGCGCCAUUGAGGACAUCAUCACAGCUCUCAAGAAGAAUAAUAUAACUAAAUUUCCCAAUGUCCAUUCGAGGGUAAGGAACUCGUCCAGUAGCACCCCAGUGGUCCUGGAUGUGACCCAGAUCUGAUCUUCGAAAUCAGCCUUACAGACGUGCCAACGCGAUGAGGAGUUUCCGGAGUCUCUUUGAUCAGAAUGUGCGGCCGGCCAAAGUCGCGGACAUGGGCACGUGAUUGGAAAGGUUUUUUUUUCUUUUUUUUUGGGAGCCAUACUUGAGCCAAGUGCCUAAACUCAAUUCUGAUCAGGAGAAGGACCUGAGUCGGUCCUUUAAUUCCUCGUGGCUUGGAAACCUGAGAAAAUGGUUGAAGGUAUUUCACUGAAGCUGUUUACUAUGAAAUUACAUAGUAUUAAACCACAUUCUGAUCCUACUGCCUAUUUUAUUUUAUGUUUUUCCAAACAUGCUUUGGCUGCACUUAAUUUUUUAAAACAAAACUCAACUGUGUAAUAUGUACUUUGCGAUGAGCAAUGUAGAUAUGACUGAAACAUGAUAUGUACUGUUGUGAACUGGCAUUUUUUAGUCUUAAUACAGGAAGAUGGAGAUGCGAGAUGCCUAGGGGGUUAGGCAAAGCUAGCAUUGCUCGCUGCCUCAGCCCUGAUAACUGGUUAGCAUCUCAUUCAUUGGACCAAGACGAUAAAGUGGAAGUUGACUGAAAUUUAACUGGACUGAGGAAUCGGUUUGCUCCCUUCAAAUCCAGUAGGAGGAUUAGCGUGUUUGUUUGGGGGAGAGGGGGUUAAAUCUUGCAUUCACCAAAGUUUGAACUUUGACAGCAAUAUGCAGGUCCUAUUGGGAGACCAUCAAACCUACAUAUUAAGUCUGUUUAUGCUCAAAAAACUUAUUUAUACUCUGCAUCUACUUCUAGUCACUUUCGGUCCAGUUUUUAAUGUGGUUGAUCAUACAGGUUAAAGAAAAGGAAAGAAUUUUUUCUAAAUUUACAGAUAUUUUGUUAGAAAAAUAAUAGCUGCGCGUAAGUGUAAGCCUGUUCUUGUACAUAUUGUUUAAAGAAAUUUGGUCACAUUUCUGUGCCAAACGAUUGAAUUAUUUUAACUUAUAGAUGUUAUUUUUUCAGUUUGUGUAAUUUAAUGAACCAGCGAAGGACUCAGUCAUGUUCUGUGGUGCUGAGCGGCCUCCCUGCUUCCAGUGAACCCAUCAGAAAGUGGCAUUAAACACUCUGUGAUUUUUCUAGAGUAACAAACCAUGAAAAUGUUCUUCAGAUCCCAUGCACACAUGCCCUGUGUUCUUAGAUUACAUUGCAUCCAUCUCAUCCCGAGUGGACAAUCAUUAGCAUGUUUUUCAGGAAAAAUGAUUUUAGACAAUCCCUACUUAUUUGUAUGUCCUUUUUAAUACAAAUUUCCAGCUAGUUCUGAUUUUUCUGUGGUCCUGAUGAAAUAAACAAUUUGCUUUUUA